AUGAGCAAUCCAAUCGAGACCCAAAACACGGGCCCGACCUUCUAUGCCACCCCAAAGGGCCGCAUGGUCCUCGGCGAAGGCGCCAUCUAUCGAGCUAGCGACUCAACUCUACACUGGUUCGACUGCCUCUCUUCCCCAGCCGAACUAUACAUUCUCCCCGUUGACCCCGACACGGGAGCCGCAACUGGCCCGGCACGAAUUCUUCCCCUUGCCGACAGCGUAACCGUUGCCGGGUUUCGCACCAACAUACCUGGCAGUUACGUCGCGGCGUAUUACCAAGGCGUGUGCUUCCUGGACGAGGAGACCGGCAAAUUCGAAGUGGCUUGUGAAAUUAUUCCAUCUGCGGAGCGGAGUCGACGCCGGUUUAAUGAUGGCGGUGUCGAUGCAGCUGGACGAUUCUGGUUAGCGGAAAUUGAUCUCGAAGCCACUGCUUUUGCCCCUGGCACAUUGCCGGCGGAUUAUGGGGUCCCGAAAGGGCGGCUGUGGAGAUAUGAUCCUGGCGGGGGCUUGCAUUUGAUGUUGUCUGAGGGAAUUAUCUGUGGUAAUGGCGUUAAAUGGAGCCCGGAUAAUCGAACUAUGUAUUUGAAUGACUCUGUCGGAAUGAAAAUAACAGCGCUUGACUUUGAUCUUGAGACUGGGAGUAUCUCAAAUCAACGAACUCUGGUUGACUUUCAAGAGACGGGCGGGGAACCUGAUGGAAUGGUUGUAGAUGUCGACGGGAACUUAUGGGUGGCUGUUUAUGGGACCAGUCAUAUCAUGGUCUUCACGCCACAUGGCAAGCUCUUGAAACAGAUAGCACUGCCGGCGAUGUAUCCAACAUGCCCAACGUGGGGAGGUAAGAACCAGGAUAUUUUGUAUAUCACAACCGGAAAAGAUCGCACAGAUAACCCAGACCCCAAUGACGAGGGCGGUCAUAUGUAUAUGGCUCGUAUUGGCAAAGGGCGAGGUCACGUCAAGUAUGAGUUUGGUGGUUGA